UGUAAAUUGGCAGAGUGGGCAGGACUUCAGGGGCUGGUCUGUGGGGCAAGACCAGUGCUUUCCGUCCAAGCACCAGACACCUCACUGGGCUCCUGAGGUACUGUCCUUCCAUGAUGUGGCUCUGUGCGUUGGUCCUGAUCUCUCUCACUGCUUGCCUGACUCAGGCAGGGCACCCAUCCUCACCACCCAUAGUGAACACUGUUCAUGGCAAAGUCCUGGGGAAGUACGUCAGCUUAGAAGGAUUCUCACAGCCUGUGGCCGUCUUCUUGGGAGUCCCCUUUGCCAAGCCCCCUCUUGGGUCCCUGAGGUUUGCUCCACCACAGCCUGUAGAGCCUUGGAGCUUCGUGAAGAAUGCCACCUCCUACCCUCCUAUGUGCUCCCAAGACCCAGAGGCAGGGAAGAUGCUCGCCAAGCUCUUCACCAACAGAAAGGAGACCAUUCCUCACGAGUUUUCUGAAGACUGUCUCUACCUGAACAUUUACACCCCUGCCGACUUAACAAAGAGCAGCCAGCUGCCCGUGAUGGUGUGGAUCCAUGGAGGUGGACUGGUGAUCGAUGGAGCAUCAACCUAUGAUGGACUGCCCCUUGCUGUCCACGAAAAUGUGGUUGUUGUGGUUAUUCAGUUUCGCCUGGGCAUCUGGGGAUUCUUCAGCACAGGCGAUGAACACAGUCGGGGGAACUGGGGUCACUUGGACCAGGUGGCUGCACUGCGCUGGGUCCAGGACAACAUUGCCAACUUUGGGGGCAACCCAGGCUCUGUGACCAUCUUUGGAGAGUCAGCAGGAGGUGCGAGUGUCUCUGUUCUUGUGGUGUCCCCGCUGGCCAAGAACCUCUUCCACAGGGCCAUCUCCCAGAGCAGCGUCGUCUUCAAUCCUUGCCUGUACGGGAGGGAUGCCAGGCCCAUGGCUAAGAAAGUGGCUGCUCUUGCUGGCUGUAAAACCACCACCUCAGCUGCCAUGGUUCACUGCCUGCGCCAGAAGACAGAGGAUGAGCUCUUGGAAGUCACACUGAAAAUGAAGUUUGCUACUGUUGACUUGGUUGGAGACCCCAGAGAGAGCUAUCCGUUCCUGCCCACUGUGAUUGAUGGAGUGUUGCUGCCAAAGUCACCAGAAGAGAUCCUGGCCGAGAAGAGUUUCAACACUGUCCCCUACAUGGUGGGCAUCACCAAGCAUGAGUUUGGCUGGCUCAUUCCAAUGUUUCAGGGCUUUCCACUCUCCGAAGACAAACUGGAUCAGAAGACAGCCUCUUUCCUCCUGUGGCAAGCCUACUCCAUUCUAAACGUCUCUGAGAAUCUGAUUCCUGCCGCCACUGAGAUGUAUCUAGGAAGGACAGAUGACCUGGGGGAAAAGAAGAGCCUGUUCCUGGACUUGAUGGCAGAUGUCAUGUUUGGUGUUCCGUCUGUAAUUGUGGCCCGUAGUCACAGAGAUGCUGGAGCCCCUACCUACAUGUACGAGUUUCAGUAUCGGCCAAGCUUUGUAUCAGACACGAGACCCAAGUCUUUGAAAGGAGACCACGGUGACGAUCUCUUCUCAGUAUGGGGAGCCCCGUUUUUAAAAGGGGGCUCCUCAGAAGAGGAGAUCAACUUCAGCAGGAUGGUGAUGAAAUUCUGGGCCAACUUUGCUCGGAAUGGGAACCCUAAUGGGGAAGGGCUGCCCCAUUGGCCACAAUAUGACCAGAAGGAAGGCUACCUGCAGAUUGGAGUCCCAACACAGGCAGCUCAUGGGCUGAAAGACAAAGAAGUGGCCUUUUGGACUGAGCUCAGGGCCAACGAGGCAGCAGAGAGGUCAACCCAGAAGAAACAUGUUGAGCUCUGAUCAGGAGGCCCAGCCAGGUGGAAAGCCUGGAGCUCAAAAGAGGGGGUAUUCUACAUAGACAUUUUGCUUGUCGGUUUGUUGUUUGCUCUACAAAACAAGGCAUCUGACUGUUGAGUGUGUGAACUCUUUGAUAUAUUGUACAAACAAAAAGAGGGAGGUGGUGGUUGUUGUACUCUCGUUUAAUUUUUUUCUAUAACAGUGAAAAUCAUAACUUUGUAAAUCAAA